GAUGGACUCUUCAGACCCAGGCGCUGCAUCGGUCUCAGACGAGCAGAAGCAGAAGUCAUCAGACGACUCUGAGACGGUGGAGCAGACGGAGAGCGGCACGCAGUCAGGACGAUCAUCUGCUCAGAGGACAGCUCAUCAAACCAGCGCUGAUGCUGAAAAAGAGCAAACGGCUUCUAAAGAGUGUGAGGGUGAAGAAGAGGAGAGAUCGAGCAGGACUCCACGCAGAGGAAGAUCCACCAGAGCGUCUGAAACACGCUCUGCUUCACAGCCCAAGGAGGCGGAGCCAGCUGUGGAGGAGGAGCCAAAAGAGCAGAGCCGCAGGAGUCGCCGCUCCGCAGCUCAGACCAGAGACACUCCUGCAGUGAGACCUGGACUGAAACGAAAGAGAUCAGACGAUCUUCCUGCUUCUGCUCCAGACUCGAGCGCAGAGGUGAAGGAGAACCAUGUCAAUCUGUCAAACAGAGAAAAGAUGAAGCAAGUCCAUCUGAAGAAGAGGAGAUGAUCAAAGCGAGUGAUGAAGAGGAGGAGAGGAAGGAUGAGGAAGACGUGACCCGUGAGC